GGUGAUGAAGUGAAAGAAGAAGAGUAAAGUGGAUGGAGGAUGACGGAGGAGAGGGAGGAUCGAGGAGUGGUGAUUCAACCGCCGACCUUUCCUCAAGCUGCUGUCAACAACACGCCCAACUCGAUUCAAUUCAAUCCACUUCAUCUUUCUCUCUCCCCUUCUACAUCUCUCCAUAUUUAUAUCUCCUCUCCUCUCUCUCUCUUUCUCUUCUCCAUCGCUCCCCACCAUCGCUCACAGUGUGCUCAAUCCAACGCGACAUCAUGACCCCGGCCCACACCUCUAGGCCAUCCACGCCCCCCAUCAUCACUUGGUGCAGCUCACCCCCGAUAGCUGCUAUCACUCUCGCAAACUCUCUCGCAAGCGUCCGUCUUUCAGACUCCCCGGCUACCCACUCUCCUCUCCAGCCCACAGUCACCAUCCCCGCAGAUGCCUUCCCACACAUCAUCGACCUCAUCUUUGACUCGGCCUCCCGCGCAGCUCUCACCGCUCUCCGCACGGCCUGUUCAACAUGGCGCGAACGCGCCGACUCGUACCUUCUUGCGCACGUUGUCGUUCAACGUGACUGUGAACCCAUCCUGCCCAACGGCGGGCCAGUCUGUGCCCAUUGGACCGAAUUCCGCCCACAACUCCUCGAUCUCGUCGACAUUGACGGCCGCAAUCCCUGCCCCCUCCCCAGCCAGGUUUACAUGUUACGCACUGGCGCCGUUGAGGGAUUAGGCAAGAUGACACUACCGCGCUCGCACACCCUCGUCCUCUCCGCCGCUACCAUUCAACACUCAUCUGGUGCUUGCCAAUCUUGGAAGAAUCACCUCUCUCGCACAACCCGCCUCGUUAUUCAAUACGCUACGGACAACCCGCGUAAUGAUGUAUGGGACCACAUAGGCAGUGCCCUCGCUGAUCCCUCAUGUACCGUGACCGAGGUCGUAUUUUUGUUCCCAAGGACGACUUCCCGCGAUCCCCGCUUUGAACUCGACUUGCUCAUCCCCAUCCGUGUGAUUUGCUGGAAGCUGAGGGGGCAAGGGCGCGCGCCGGUCCGCCUCAAGAUGACACUCGUGAACGCACUUCCAUGGCUCGCAGUCGCCCUCGACAAAAGCGGACCAAGGAAGAGCGAGAGGCGGGACAUGGUCGCCUGCUUUCUUGGUGCCACAGGCCUUGGGCGGGGCGAUGCGGCGGCUGUCAAGGCAGCGUUUGGGCACUACCUCGACUUUGUAACGUGUAAACAGUACGCGGCGAGGGUGGGGGCCAAGGACAGUGCGCGCGAGAAGUUUACACCGCGUCGGAUUGGGUCUGCGUGGCUGCUGGACCGAUACAAGGUGCUUCCUCCUGUCGACACAGGGCGGAGUGUUGCGCAUCCACGUUCGAUACUUGAGCCUCAGCCUUGGAGAGCCUUCGAGCUUUGAUAGAUUGGGG